UAGUACUGUUAGGGUGCGCUAGUAUUUUUUUACUAUGUAAUGUCGAUUUAAUUUAAAAAUUAACUAAUUUUAAUAUUUUAUUUUCUGAUAUUUAAGGUAUAAAGGUUGGUGUCAGAUAUUAACCAACUAUGGAAGGAAAAGCAGAAGAUACUGAUACGCUGAAUUGUAUGUUUGAUGACUUUUAUUACAACUCAGAUAAACAAGGAAGAGGAGAAUACAGAAGUAGAUCAUCAAUUUUGAAGCAAACAAAGAAUCUGAAUUUAGACAUUUGUGAGCUUGAAGAAACAGAAAUCAGAAGAAAAAGCCAAAAUCCUAAAAGAGUUAGUUUUGCUGACACAUUUCAAGUAAAAGAGUAUCCUACCGGCAAUAUAUAUGACAUCCCUGGUCGCCAUGAAUUAGAUGCUUCAAAGAAUUCCAGCAACCAAAUAGAUUCAUGUUUUGAAACUGAAAAACAAAACAUGGGAGUUGGAUCAAGGGAUCCACUUUCUGUUGUUGAUUUUGGCUUUAUUGACAAUCAAGAAAUGGAGGUCUCCAAGGUAAAUUGUGCUAGAGAUUUAGCCAUUUCUUUUCUUGAAGCUGAGAAGGAAAACAUAGGAAUCAUAGCAAAAUAUUCUUCUUGCAAAAUUCCUAAUGUGAAAACUUCAUCUGAACCCAUGAGGGAUAAUUCUAAUUUUUCUGAAACUUCUCAAAAUGUCCAAAAGAAUUCACCUACUAAGAUUACACCUUCAACAAUAUCUUUAUUGGAAUAUGAUUCCAAUCAGUUUCUUAAUGAAACAAGAACAAAUGUAGAUGAAAUGGAUAUUACUUGCUUACCAUCACCAAAGACAGAUAAUUACUUUGAUGAAAUUAGCAGUAGGGCAAGAUUAACUGCUAAUGAUAUGGAAACAACAUGUGUUUCUGGCAAUGAUUUUCUUGAUGAAAGCCCAUCUACAUCAUUAUCAGAAGUUUUUCUGGAAAAUACCAAUAUUACUUCUGAUGGCAGAGAUGAAAACAAGCUGUUAAGUUUUGAGAAAUUGAACAUGGAGACAUCUAAAAAGGCAUUAAGUUUGAGCUUUAUUGAGCCUGCAAUUUCUUUUGAAAAUAUAAAAUUAAAAUCAUUUUCAAGUAAUUCUGGAUAUGUCAGUCCUUGUUUUGAUGUUCUUUCAAAUAUCCAUUCCUCAUUUCUUGGCAAAAGUUCUGAAAAACAUUUAAAAAGCAUUUCAGGUGACUUAAUCGGGGAAGAAAAUGUGAACUUACCUAGUGCAAUUAACAGAAUAAAAACAAAUUUUGAUGGAAUUUCCUCUUAUAAAUAUAGUGGAAUGGAUGCUUGUGGGACUGAAAGCCAUGCUGCUGAAAAGGAAACAUUUGAGGAAAAUUCUCACUAUUCCCAGAACAAUGCUCAUGGAGUGAAAUUCAUGAAAAUAUUCUCAGAAAAAGAGAAUACUCAAAACAGAAUUCAAGUUUCCAAUUUUGAAAAGUUGCAUUUUCCCUCAUCAUCUAUUACUUUUCUUGAAAAUAAGGAAAAUGUAGGAUUUAAUAGAAAAAGAAAAAGCAUUGGAACAUCUGAGCUAGGGGAUGCAUCAAAUAAUAAAGGAGUAAGACAUAACUCUACUGACGAAAAAAUUCUUCAUAUCAAUUCAGAAAAUGAUCCUAAAACUAACAGACAUGCAUUAAAUCGUACUGCCUGUCACAGUGAAUCUGAUUUCUUUAAUGAAAACAAUGAGCCACUUUUUACUCAUAGCACAAAUGCAUUUCCAAUUAGUGCUGAAGGUAUUACUUGCAAAUCUGGUGGUUCUAGAAUGGAUAGUGUUGAUCUUGAAAACAGUUUUGAUUAUUUGUCGGAAGAUUUAAAAUUUAAAAAUAGAAAGUAUGAACAUUCUAUAUUUGAUCCCAAAAGCCUACCAGAAGAUUCAAAAACUCAUCAUUUUGAAUCUGAAGGCAUGGAACUUACUUCUGUUGUUGGCUGUGAUGAUUUUCAUUUUGUAGAAAAAGAAAAGGAGUUUGACAAAAGUCUAAAUCUGGACCAUAGUUCUGCAUUAAUUGGAACAAGCAGGACAUGUCAUUAUACAUCUGAUAAAAUGGAGCUUACCUGUGCUGGCAGGAGUAAUAUUGAAUUGAAAGAAAUGCCAAACAGAUCUUCAUUGAACAAUAUCAAUGAUCAUGAAUCAUCUGCAAUAUCAGAAUUCAAUGAUGAUCAGCUAGAUAGCAAUGCAGAGUCUAAAAAUUCUAAAAUGCAUAAUUCAACAUUCAUUGAGAAGGGAAAUAAGACACUAAAUUCUAGGCUUGAUGAAGGACAUACAAAUGAUGAGAUAAAAAAAUUUAUAAAUUUGCAAACCAACAGUAAAUUUACAAACCAACAGUUGAAUGAUUAUCAAAGUGAUAAUAAUGAAGUUAUGGAAGAAACUUUAAUUUCGCAUGAAAUGCAGCUAACUUGUACUUUUAAAACCUCUGUAGCUUCGCCUUUUUUACAAAUUAAAGAUGUUUAUCUAACCCAAUCAUCUGAAAGUUGUUUCCCUGAUUUUAAAACUCCAUUCAUAAAUUCCAAUGAUGAUUUGAAAGUCAAAAGAGAUGUAUCAAACUUGAGCAAACCAUCUUUGUUUAAUGACAUAGAUAAAUCAUUUUUGGUUGAGCAGAGAUGUGUAUUUCAAUCGAAUACCAUGGAUAUCACAUGCAACAAUGAGAGUUCUCUUGGAAAUAGUUUCAACUUUGAGAAGAGCACCAAUUAUAAUCAUUCUGAAGAUGAAAAAUUAGUAAAUUCAAGCAUUGAAUUCUCUUUAAACAAGAAACAUGAUCCUGUGGAAAAUCACAAGACACACCACUUUGAUUCUGAAGAAAUGGAGCUCACUUGUGUUGCAGGUAAUGAUGAAUUUUCUUUGGUAAAUGAUAGCUUUGAAGUAAAGAUGCAAAAAGAAUUUGGAAAAGAUCUGAAUUUUGAUCAAAAUGUUAAAUUAUUAGAUAGUUCUCGAACACAUCAUUUUACUUCUGAUAAAAUGGAACUUACAUGUGCUGUAAAAAGUUGCACCCAAUUGAAAAAAACAUUAAAUGAUGAAUCUUGUUUAAAAGGUUGUCAUGAAAGAUUAUCUACUUCAGUAACAUUAGAAUCUGAUUGGCAUCAUGAUGAGCCAAAUUCACAAAUCAAUCAGACAAAUGCUCUUCAUUCUUUGGAUGUUGAAAAGGAAAAUAUCUUUAAUUCAGAGGACAAAAGAAAGCAGCAUAAAAGCUGUCAUUCUGUCAAAACAAUUCCUGGUGAAUGUUCUGGCUUAGACAAUAGCUGCAAUUUAAGCUUUCUUCAAAAUUCUGACAAUAAAUGUAAUGAUCAAACUUUCAAUUCUCAUGAAAUGGAAUUAACUCUUAUGACCGAUAAGUCUCAUAAACUACAAUCCUCACCAUUUUUUCUUUUGUCCUCACACCCUGAAAGUAUUUCUAAGGAAAAAGGUCCUUUUGAUUUUCAAAAACAAGAUAAAAAAUUUCAGAUUGCUCAGUCAAAUUUAACCUCGUUAUCUGAAAAGAUGGAGGAAAAUCUCCAAGAAAGCAUUUCAUGUGUUUCUCCUAAUAAUAAAAUGCUUCAAACAAAACAGCCAUUUGUGAAAACAGAUUUAGUUCCUUCUGAGGAUAAUGGUGAUGUUUGGGAUAUUGUUUUGAAACCUUUAAAUUCCCAAGAUGCUAAAUUAAAAAUGCCGCCUGGGUUAAAACAUCUCUUGUCACGAACCCCAGGAGCUCUGUAUACUUUAAGAAAGAAGCGCCAGCAAAUUACAAAGAAUUUUUUGAAAAAAUGUAUUCUUUCCCCAGAUGUACAAAGCAUCUUGAAAAAGUCAAAAAAAUUUGAUUUGAAACAACCACUCAGUGAAAUGAAAGUAUACAGUCCGAUAAGUUAUAAAGAUAAAAAAUCCUUAAGCUUUCACUCAUUCGGAAUGACAGAUAGCUUUACAGAAAAAUCAAAAGAAAAUUUUCAACUUCCUAAAGUUCAGCCAUUUAAUUCAAGCUUUAAAACUACAAAUCAGAAUUCUGAAAUGGUAUCAUUUGCAAGUUUACCUCCUACUUCUGCUAGCAUCUUAAUAGGAAAUAUCAAUUUUACAUCUGAAUCAAAAGACGUUUCUCAGCUUCCCACAGCUGAAUCAAAAGACUUUUCUCAGCUUCCCACAGCUGAAUCAAAAGACGUUUCUCAGCUUCCCAUAGCUGAAUCAUUCCUUUCAAGUCGUAAAGCUAUAAAUGAAAAUUCUGGAAUAACAUCAGUUUUAUGUUUAACUCCUGCACGAAUUAGUAUCUUAAUGGAAGAUAAUUGUACAAGUGAAUUGAAAGAAAACGCUCAACUUCCUUCAGUUCAAUCAUUUCAUUCAAGCCUAAAAGAUAUAAAUGAGAACUCUAGAAUGAUGUCAAUUGCAAGUUUAACUCCUACAUCAACUAUUCCCUUAAUAGAAGAUAAUUUUGCAACUGAAUCAAAAGAAAAUGCUCAACAUCCCACAGUUGAAUCAUUUAAUUCAAGCCUUAAAGCAAUAAACGAGAACUCCGGAAUGACAUCAAUUACAAGUUUCAAUUCUGCUCCAACUAGUGCUUUUACAAGUUUUGCUCGAUCCGAAGCAAGCUUAAAUCGACAGAGUAAUAAAGUUGCUUUUGAAGAAAAUUGUACUCAGAAUUUUUCAAAAAUUGAAGAUAAACAAAAGUUUGAAAAAAUUUCAGUUAAUGAAAACGAAUCAUUGCAGUUGUUAUCCAAUUCUAUUCUUGAUACUGCUGAAAGUCUAUCUUGUAAAACAUUGUCAGAAUUAUUCCCUGCUAAAAUUCUGCAAGAAAAAUGUCUGUUAAAAAAUGAAUCUAAUUUAGUUCAAGCAGUCGAACAAGAUUUACAUCUGCCUUCAGAAGCAUUUAUUUUAACAUCAGACAUUGAAGAAAAGUGCUAUAAAAAUUCUCAUGGAAGUUCUUUUUCUAACAAUCAGGAUGGAAUGAAAUUAAAAGAUCCUUUCGUGGCAUAUGAAUUGGACACAUUAAAUACAAAAAUAAAAUGUAAUGAUCAAAAUGCUAUAAACAAUCAAGAUAUCCCAACAGAUUUUACUAGAGCUGAAAUAGAGUUGAAGUGUCAUGAUGUAAAAAAUAGCGUAAUGUUACAAGAAAAACACUUAAGGAAUACUUCUCUUGAUUCAAAUGUACUUGAAAGUCAAAAACUUAUUGAUUUAAAUGUUUCUGAGAGACCAGUUCUGAAAUCAACCAAAAUUACAAAUUUGUCUGAAAUGAAAGUUCAAGAUUUUCAAAAUGAAAAUGAUCCAGUUGUAUUGGAGAAAACCAGAAUUAAAGAUAACAUUUCAGAUCUCUCUAGCAACAUAUGUAACUUAGAAACAACAGAUCUUCAGGAUACUAAUGAUGCAUUUGUUUCAAAAGUGACUGAAAAUGGCAAUGGAGUUUCAGAAUUGUCUAAAAGCCAGACCAGCUCUAAAAUAGCAAUCUCAAAGAAUUCAGGAAACUUGUUUGAUGUAGAAACUUCCAGUUCUUAUAAAAAAAAUAGCCCUGAAAAAAUUCUUUUGAAAGUUGCUAGCCCGAAACAAUCUGAAAAUAUGCAUAUUUCAAUUAAUCAUCCUGCUGAGAAUUGUCAUGAACUGAAAUCGGAUUGUACUGAAUUGGCAUCUCCAAUUAAUAAAAGUUCUGAUCAGCAAAAUAAUUUUUAUAUAAAUUCCUGUAGUCUGAUUGCCAGCCUCAAUGCAAACUCUCCUUGCAAAAUUAAUAACCAGAACAAUGCAGAUCCCAAGGUUUUAUCUGACAAAAUGGAAAUAAGUGAUGUGAUUUGGAGAACUUCAGAUGUUAAUGAAUCUGUAAAGGAUAUAACUGUACAUGUCAAUGAAAGUGAAUCUUCAAAGGAAACUGGUGAUAUGUCUAUAAAUGGCUGUUGCAGUUCUGUUCCACUGCAAGAUCUUGAUUCUUUAAGAAAUAAAUUUGAAGAAGCAUCAAAAGGCACUCACUGGAAACUUGAAUCAUUAAACAAAGAUGAGAUUGUCUUUAAAUUGAAUUGGGGAGUUUGGCUUUACAGAUGUGUGAUUUUAAUUCAUGUUAGCGGCACAAAUGUAAAUGAAUCGACUAUAACUUUGACACCUUGUUUUAAUGAUCCCGAUGAUGAAUAUGAAACUCUUGGCUAUAAGUUUUUCCAAUUUCUUGCAAAAGAUGAAAUUGUUUCUUUUUCUUUAUUCAGUGAUAGUAUAAUUGAGAAACUUGCAGAAUAUUCAAAUAUUGCUGAAAGAGUGGAAACUUUAAUGCGAGACAUAAUGCAUGUGUCAAUAGCUGAAAUCUAUAAAAUUUCAGAUGAUUUAGACCCUUUAGAGUUAUGUGUAGAAAUAUUAAAUGACAAUCAUAUGUCACAUCUUCUCAUCACAUUUCAUGUAAACUUACGAACAUAUCCAAUGGAAAGGAUUAUUCCCGAAGUGAAGCAUAUAAGACAUAAGGAUAUCACAAAAGAAGUACAAGAAGCCAUCACAAAUGUUGAACCCGGUGAAGAUUAUCUUUGGAAAAUGGUUAAACUGGCCAAUAAACUUUGAUGUUUCAGCCUUUCAUAUUGUAUAUAUUAAAAAUCGCAUUUUAUAUAAUCAUUAUGAAUUUUGUGUAUUGUUUGAAAAAUGAGACCUGGCUGUAGUAUAGUUUUAUAUUAUUAUUGUCAAGAAUUAUUUUUUUUAUUCUGGAUCUGUAUAUUUUUUUUAGUGUUGUUUGCACUUUUU